AUCAUCGAGUAUUAUCACAUCAUGGAUUCCGUUUGGUGGAUUUGAGACUCGCUGUAAUCGUAGCAAUCGAUGGGUGUCGAAGGGGAAGACCGAAGCAAAAAAUGAUCGCGUCUCGUCCCUUCGAUGAUGACGGCUACAUUGGCUACGAUCCUCGCCCCCGUCUCAUCAAUUUGACUCGUUCUCCAACUUCGACGCUGGCUCAGUCAAGGACUCGGUCUGUGACUCGUCGCCAAUAUUUAGCAGUCAAUCAUACAGCUCUAGAGCUAACGUGUUCGUAUCUCAGCCGCUUCUUGAGACUCCGUCGCUGCCACCAAUCGGUGGCGGUGGUGGUGGAUUCUCAGAAUUCUCAGCUGAGGGGAGCGGAAACGAUCUCGACGGUAGUGUUUUGGUAACCAAAAUGUAGUGAAAAGCCGAAAAAAAAAAAAAUAUUUUC